AUGGCAGCCGAAUCAAAUGCGCCAGCUCCUCUGCCUGUGGUACAGACCGAGUCGCCCACUCAGCCGCCAGAGCAAACCAACACGUCAAUGCAAACGCUACCAACGCCUGAGCCAGACCCCACGCCAGUCCCAACCAGCGAACCACCACAAGAACCACCACAAGAACAUCAACCAGAGCCUCAACUUGAACCUCAACACGAACCUCAACCGGUACCCCAUCACGAACCCCCACCCGAGAUUCAAGAACGAACACCACAACCGCAUAUGGAAAUGCACGAGCAUUCAAGUCUCCCCAACCCACCGGAGGGAAUUAAUGAGACUACACCCGUGCCAAAUACGGCGGCGCACUCCAUCGAAUCCACACUCCCGCCCAUUGACCAUUCCCUUCCUGCAAUGGACACGUCUGGUUUGGCUUCAUUCGAUUCCGCAUUUCAGUCAAGCGCCGAGCACGACUUGCAGCUUCCGGCCAUUGACACGGACUUGCCCACCUUUGACUCAGCCCUGCCAGCGAUCGGGACAGAUGAUAUUCCUACAAUGGACGACGAUCAUACGUUUGGAGACGAUCAUUUCGACUCUCACUCUGGGUCUGUAGAACCUGGUCAUAGCGGACCUGGGUCUAUGAAUGGAGGGACACCCUACGACGCGCCAUCCAACGGUUACCAGUAUGCACAGAACCCAGAUCCCCCCCAGCAGUCGGACGGACAUCACCCACCUCCUCAGGCGCACUCUCAGCAUCAAUUCCAAGCGCAGCCUCAGCCACAACAGAGUUAUCAGCACCAGAGCUCGGAUAUGUAUUCCGGCUUUUCGUCCGUCAAUUCAAACCCUGCGAAUAAUGGCCAAGGACAGCCAGGACAAAUGCCACAAGCUCCGAUUGGGUCGCCUAUGCCUCCCAUAUCAUCAAUGGGCCAGUACAUGACUGGUUAUCCAUCCAAUGUCUCACAGCAAGGGGGGCGACACAAGAAAGAAGUCAAACGACGGACAAAAACCGGCUGUCUGACUUGCCGUAAGCGAAGAAUCAAGUGUGACGAAGGGCAUCCUGUGUGCAGAAAUUGUGUGAAGAGUAAGCGCGAGUGUUUAGGUUACGACCCGGUGUUUCGGCCUACAGCAUCCGCCCCCUCGGCCAUUCAACCUGCGCCCAAUCCUCCUCCGUCCUUGAUCGUGAACCACCAGGGACCUCCUGUCGCAGCUGCGCCUUUGUAUCCAUCUGCACCCCCUGGUUACAUGCCCGCUUCUUCCCAACCAUUUGCGCCAUCCCUCCAAUCCGAAUCUCCUAGCACCUCUACAGACCAUCACCACGAUCACAGAGCUUCCGUCGACACAUCCAUUACAGCAACCCACACCCAAGCUCCUCCCACAAUGCAGGCCUCACAUGAAUCCCGGCCUCACAGCUCAGAGCCUGUCUACAAAGCAUCGAAAAAUCUUCACGUCAAUGACUUGAUUGCUCUGAGGGGCAUUGCUCCCCCUGCCCCGCAUCCUAUCGGAAACAUCGCUCCUAGUCGUCUCGAAGAAAUCCAGGCUGUAUUCCUCGCCACAUACGCACCUGCCAUCGAUAAGCUUCUGGAGGUUCGAUGGUAUUCUGAGAAGGCACUACCGGUCCUGAUGGCUGACAGUCAGCUGAUGGCUGAUUACUCUGCUUUGAUCAGCGCUUUUAAUGAUUGGAAUCUUGGUGAUCACAAUACUCUUUGUCGCUUGGAGAGUUUCGAAGCUUCGAUCAUCUGGAGAAGUAUGGUGCUUUGCCGCCAAGCACAGUCAGCAGAAAAUGGGCAAUAUGGACAAGACUGGAACUUGUGUGCCACAGCUGCUCGUCUGGAUGCGAUAGAAGCGCUCUUGAGCUGGAACCACCUGGAUACAAACCACCUAUCUCGGUCCCUUGGAAUGGAAGCCGCCAGCCCACCCAAUCCACCAGACCAGUUCCUGCAACGCCAAUUGGACUUCUGGAGUGAGCUUGGGGAGUUCCUGACGCUCCACGAUAACGAAGCCAGCUCAGCGAAGCAAAUUGACGAUACUCUCGGACGUUGUCGUCAUUUGCUUGAUACAUACGAGAACCGUGAUAUCAUCUACUCGAUUGCCAUUACGCGACACCUCGGUCAACGCUGGGCCGACUUCCCUAACAGCUUGCCCAAGGUUGGAUACACCAACGAGAAGGAAUUCGGAACCAAACUCUUCGUGGCGAAGAAGUUCAUCGAGGAAGAAGCCGAAGGCAAGGGCACCACCCAGAUCUACAAGCGCGUUUGCUGCAUGGCUGUCCGCUCCUGGUGGGCCGCUCGGGAGUAA